AUGGGACGCUCCAAGGACGAGAAGUUGGCCUACUUCGCUAAGCUCAAAGACUUGAUCGAGACCUAUCGUAAGUCCAGUGGGAUACUUGAGAAGCACGUUUCUUGCCUUCCCAGCGGGGUAGCGCUUCAGCGAGCCAUGCGGCUCUGGUCUUUGCGUCCUGGGUACCCGUCCCGCCCCGCUGUUGCGAUGCUCGCGCCUGGACCGCGCAUGGCAGAGCUCUGAUUUGCCUGCCGGCCGUUCGGCCGUCAGCUAGCCAGGUGCUUACCUGCUGACCUUUGACUGACCUCGCCCCCUCUCCCCUUUCUCAUCCGUCACAGCCUCGAUCUUCAUUGUCAACGUCGACAAUGUUGGCUCUAACCAGAUGCAUCAAAUUCGUCAAGCCCUUCGUGGCAAGGGUACGAUCCUCAUGGGAAAGAACACGAUGGUUCGCCGCGCGAUCCGCCUCAUCCUGGCCGAGAACCCUUCGCUCGAGAAGUUCUUGCCCCACGUUAAGGGCAACGUUGGCUUCGUCUUCACUUCUUCGGAUUUGAAGGAGAUCCGCGAAGUUAUCCUCGCCAACAAGGUCGCCGCGCCCGCCAAGGCCGGUGCCUACGCGCCUAAUGACGUCUGGGUCCCCGCCGGUAACACGGGCAUGGAACCCGGCAAGACCUCAUUCUUCCAGGCGCUCAACAUCCCGACCAAGAUUGCCCGCGGUACGAUCGAAAUCGUCUCCGACAUUCACUUGGUCCAGGCCGAUUCGCGCGUCGGAUCGUCUGAGGCGACGCUCCUGAACAUGCUCAACAUCUCGCCGUUCACCUACGGCAUGAAGAUCAUCUACAUUUUCGACAAAGGACAGUUGUUCGCGCCUUCGGUCCUCGAUGUCGAAGAGUCGACCCUCAUCGACCAAUUCAUGUCGGGUGUUAAGACGGUUGCCGCGAUCUCGCUCGCGCUCAACUACCCGACUAUUGCUUCGGUAACGCACUCGCUCGUCAACUCGUACAAGAACUUGCUCGCCAUUGCUCUUGCCACCGAUGUCACUUUCGAAGGUGCCGAAAAGGUCAAGGAGUACCUGGCCAACCCCGAGGCCUUCGCUGCCGCCGCUCCUGCUGCGACAGAGUCCGCUGCUGCCCCCGCCAAGGCCGAGGAGAAGGAACCUGAGAAGGAAGAGGAGUCCGAUGACGACAUGGGCUUCGGUCUUUUCGAUUGA